CUUUUCUCGGCUUACAGCUCCUCGGUUUGGCUUCCGGAGCCCGGUUUGGAAUCUAUUGUCUUGUGGAUGUGCUUGUGCUGUGGCAGUUUAGUGGAUUUGUAGACCUGCCUGUCCGUCAGCCUUUGUUAGAGUCGCAGUGGUCAGUGCUCUGGAAUUUGAUACCGGCGUCAUUUUUUUUUUCGUUUGUUUGUUGGCUUGAGAUCAACUGACAUUUGGAGGAUUACACUUUGAGGUGUGCUUCUGUGUCUGGGUUUCGUGUGGAUCGUUGCCGUACGUAAAAAAAAGUGUCAAACAAUUUGGGAUAUUAAACAUCAGCCGAAAAACGAGUAUCUUUGUCGGUGCCCGAGCGAUGAAUGACGUCUGAAAAAAAAGAAACGUGGAAUUUAAAUUUGGCGAAAUAUAUAAAGCGUUAAUCCGCUGCCCGUCCCGGAUGAGUUGGUGAUUUUUGGCCUUGCCAGUUAGUGAUGUGAGUUGACAACGACGCUUCCGUUGUAGUGGCUGGGAAAUUUUACUCUGUAAUUGAAAAGUCCGAUGUGCGACGGUGCUCCGAUAUGUGGUGAAUGAAGGAGAGAAUUUAAAUUAAAAAAGGAUUAAAGGAUUAAAACAGUGCAUUGGUGCGGAAAAUUCGGUGUAUGUGCACACAAACCGAAUCGUGAUAUAUACUGGAAGCGUGUUUUGGUUGGCGCGAAAGAGCUAAAAGCGCCGGCGGGAGAAGCAGCAAAGUGUUAAUGCAUUUAAACUGCUGAUAAAGAUGGCGAAAAUUGUGCCAAAUUAUUUCCCAUCCGGCCAAGUGACACUGGCACUGAAUUGCACCGUCUGAUGCCCGAGCCUCGAAGACGGCAGGACCAGCAGAUCAGAAGCGCCGGGGUAAAAUUCAAUGAAGCUGUAAUCACAUCGUGGAGGGAAAAUUUAAGCUCUGACGGAAGUGACUUCAACUGAAAAUACGAGAGUGAAAAGCAAACGAAGAAAAAAUAGAAACGUUAAGCGAGCGAGAAAAUUACGAUAACACUGUUUGACUUGGGUUCCGAAAGCGAAUUUCGGACGGGAAAGGAAAACGAGUCCUACACAGAAAAUACGAUUAAUUUUACGGAUGGAAGAAGAAUUCCGAAGGAAAAGUUUCAUCGCGUUGAUGCUGUAACGACCGGCGUGUGGACCGAAAUUGAUGAAGUCGCUUUGCCAAAAUUACGAAGAAGGAAAAAAAAUACACCAACAGCGAAAAUCGUAACUCUAUAAAGAAAAUAAUUUAUCGAUCCCCCCGACUAACCAGCGCACCUAGAUAAACCGAUAGCAGUGCAAACAAUCGUAAAGAAACAGCAGUGAGAAAUAAUAAUAUAAGUCCCACACUCUACUCACGAGAAAGGAAUAACAAUAAUAGUAAUACACGUAAUCAUAAAGCAGUAACCCGUGUAGAUGUGUGAGAUUGUUUGGUUUUCGGAAUAUAUCCUGCAGCUGAAGUGUGCACCGAGUGAUCUGAGGAGCGAUUCGUUCCCAGACAAGAGAGCAGCAGCUCAGUAAAUAGUGAAACCAGCCUCCGGGGGAUCAUAGGCGUCCCCACCUGUCUGCUCUGCUGCCAUCCAUGAGGGUGUUUGUGUUGGCCGUCUGCCAGAAGUGAGAAAAGUUGUCAGUGUCGAAGAAGUGAAGGAGCGGAAGUAAGGGGGUAAAUUUUAUAACAAUAACCACAACGGCAGUCGGUGUACAGCAAACCACUUCUGAAAACGAAGAAGAACGAGCAUAAGAAGAAAAAGCAGCCCGAAGUUUGAAACCGGAAAUCCCCUUCCGAGAUUCCGGGGAUCUCGGGUCGCCGUCAGAUAGUGAGGUGGAUUGCGGGAGAGAGGGUAGGAAGUGGAAAGAAAAUUUGUCCGCAGGCCACGAAAACAUUCAGGAAAGGAAGACGCCCGGCGCACUAAAGGUGGAAAAUAAUGGCCGGAUGUGUGUGUCAUAUUUUACUAUUCUUUCUCUUCGCCCAGGAAACGGCUUACGGCACAUCGUACGGUAACUCACUGUCCGAUCCGUUGUCAGAUCCAGACUUUAUCGACAGCCCGCCGAUGAUUCAACCAAAGUUCACCUCCCAAUCGCAGCAGAUGCGGGCCGUCAUUGGCGAUACGAUCACGCUGCCGUGUGAUGUGGAUAAUCUAGGCAGCAACAUCCUGCUGUGGCGCCGAGGGAUUGCCGUCAUAACGGCAGCCAACCUCAUCAUCACCCGGGACUUGCGCUUCAAGUUGCUGAAAGGCUACACGCUGCAGAUUAAAAACGUCCGACCGCAGGACGCCGGUGACUACAGUUGCCAGGUUGGCGAUCACGACAAUCGGGAUCUGGUGCACACGGUGGAAAUUCUGGUUCCACCGACGGUGCGCUCCAACCCGGAAACGGGCCACGUGACGGUACGGAAGGGUGGCACCGCAACGCUCGAGUGCAAAGCCAGCGGAAAUCCCGUGCCCAGUAUCAGCUGGACCAGAAAGGAUUCUCUGCACGGGGUGCCCCAUCUGGCAGAGGGACCGACGUUGACGCUCGAGACCGUCAGCCGGCAGGACAGUGGAACGUACCGAUGCUAUGCGGACAAUGGAAUUCGGGAGCCCGUCUCUGUCGACAUACAACUCAUCGUGCUGUCUCCUCCGGAAAUAACCGUUGAGAAAACUUGGGUCCAUGCAGGAGAAGGCUACGAAGCCCAGCUGGUUUGCACGGUUCAUGGCGAUUCUACACCGGAGUUCUUGCACUUGCACCAUUUGCAGAUGAUGUGGUACCAAGACUCGUUUCUGCUGCAUCCGAACGACCGCCGAACCAUGGACACCCGAGGAGACAAGCACUAUCUAACGAUACGGAAUGUGCGCCAGUCUGAUUUUGGCAAUUACAGCUGCGUGGCGGAGAAUUCCCUGGGACGUGCCAAAAAGUACAUCGAAAUGUCCGGCCGGCCGGGCCCGGCUCAGUUCCACUCGCCCAUGUACAGCCGCUACCGGGAACAGUACAACCUGACCUGGAGCAUCGAGUCCUUUCCGCCAAUCGAGGAAAUUCGAUUACUUUACCGAAAGUUGAUGAUGAACGAGUCUUAUCAGCAUCCGGGCAGAUGGCACGACGUCAUCCUGAACCCACCGUCAACCCGGGCCGAGUCCUACCGGCACAUCAUGACGUACACCAUCCGGAAUCUGGACCCGAACUCGGUGUACGAGACGAUCGUGCAGGCGAAAAAUCGAUACGGCUGGAAUGAGGUAAGCGAUAUCUUCCAGUUCUACACACUGAGCAGCGACAUGCCGGAGGAGGACGUCGAACAGACCCUGGGAUCGACGGCAUUCGGCAAUCCAUUCGGGUGGGCCAACCGAGCCUGCACGAGUCCGACCAGCAGUUUGCUUAUGCUCCUAUCACUGACGCUUUUGGUGAGAUUAUUCCGUUGCUGGUAAGGAUUUACUUUAAUUUUCUGUUCCUACCGUAAAACUUUUAACCAACUCACCUAGAUUUUAAACUAGUAACGUAAGGCUUUAGCUUAAAACAGAAGAUGGUAACUUAUUUUCCCCUUGAGAAAACCCUUUUAUAGUGAUUAUUUUCUGGUGCAAGCAGGCAACCAAAAUGAAAUUAUAUUGAUGAACCUUUUAAAAUAGAUUUAAAGAUACUGUCAAGACUUCACGAACAUUACUAAUGAAGAGAUGCUAAUUAACAAUUAAGACAACAGAUUCUGAACUUUUCUUUUGUAAAAUAGGAAUCGCAAAACUUUCCUAAGCUUCGAACCGCGUACGAGUCCGUACUGGAAGGUUAUGUCGUUAUUGAAGAUCAAACCUAAAAAAAAAAAAGUAAUAUUUAAGCAGAAUGAGAAAAAAGUGACACAAAUUGUAAGUGUAAUUUAGCCCUAAGUAAGUGUACUGUAGAGAGUAAACAAACAAAAAAAAAUGGUAAAACAUUGAUCAAACUCAUUCUUUGUGAAUAACGCGAAACAGCGGCAGCAGCGUAACCACUUUUUUAAAUAAAGCCAUUUAAAAAACCCAAA